GAGCCGGGGGGAACGCCGGGGCUCAGCGGCGCGCGCGCGGGGGUCAUGGCGUCGGUGCAGGCGUCCCGCCGCCAGUGGUGCUACCUGUGCGACCUGCCCAAGAUGCCGUGGGCCAUGGUGUGGGACUUCAGCGAGGCGGUGUGCCGCGGCUGCGUGAACUUCGAGGGUGCGGAUCGCAUCGAGCUGCUCAUCGACGCUGCCCGCCAACUCAAGCGCAGCCACGUGCUCCCCGAGGGCCGCUCUCCCGGGCCCCCCGCCCUCAAGCACCCGACCACUAAGGACCUGGCUGCGGCCGCUGCACAGGGGCCUCAGUUACCGCCUCCGCAGGCCCAGCCCCAGCCGUCAGGAACAGGCGGUGGCAUCUCUGGCCAGGACCGCUAUGACAGGGCCACAUCGUCGGGCCGCCUCCCCCUGCCCUCGCCCGCUCUGGAGUAUACCCUGGGGUCCCGCCUGGCUAAUGGGCUGGGCCGUGAGGAGGCCGUGGCGGAGGGGGCGCGGAGGGCCCUGCUUGGCUCCAUGCCCAGCUUGGUGCCCCCCGGGCUGCUGGCAGCUGCGGUGUCUGGCCUGGGAAGCCGAGGCCUGACGCUGGCACCCGGCUUGAGUCCUGCCCGUCCAGCUUUUGGCUCCGAUUUUGAGAAGGAGAAGCAGCAGAGGAAUGCGGACUGUCUGGCAGAACUGAACGAGGCCAUGCGUGGCCGGGCGGAGGAGUGGCACGGGCGCCCCAAAGCUGUGCGGGAACAGCUGCUGGCGCUGUCUGCCUGCGCCCCCUUCAAUGUCCGUUUCAAGAAGGAUCACGGGCUGGUCGGACGGGUGUUCGCUUUUGAUGCUACUGCCCGCCCGCCGGGCUACGAGUUCGAGCUGAAGCUUUUUACCGAAUACCCCUGUGGUUCUGGCAACGUGUACGCAGGAGUCCUGGCCGUGGCUCGCCAGAUGUUUCAUGAUGCUCUGCGGGAGCCGGGCAAGGCUCUGGCCUCAUCAGGCUUCAAGUACCUCGAAUAUGAACGGAGGCACGGCUCAGGGGAAUGGCGCCAGCUGGGGGAGCUGCUAACCGACGGUGUCCGCAGCUUCCGAGAGCCAGCUCCUGCUGAGGCCCUGCCCCAGCAGUACCCAGAGCCAGCCCCGGCAGCUCUCUGUGGCCCACCCCCGCGAGCCCCAUCCCGGAACCUGGCGCCCACGCCACGCCGUCGCAAAGCGUCCCCUGAGCCCGAGGGUGAGGCGGCUGGGAAGAUGACCACCGAGGAACAGCAGCAGCGGCACUGGGUAGCACCCGGUGGCCCGUAUUCCGCGGACACCCCUGGUGUGCCCUCACCCAUCGCCGCCCUGAAGAAUGUGGCUGAGGCCCUGGGCCACUCCCCCAAGGACCCUGGCGGGGGUGGGGGCCCCGUGCGCGCUGGGGGUGCCAGCCCCGCCUCUUCCACAGCCCAGCCUCCUGCCCAGCAUCGUCUCGUGGCCCGCAACGGUGAGGCAGAAGUCAGCCCCACAGCAGGGGCAGAAGCUGUUAGCGGGGGUGGUAGCGGCACCGGGGCGACCCCUGGGGCACCCCUGUGCUGUACCCUGUGCCGGGAGCGUCUGGAAGACACCCACUUCGUCCAGUGCCCCUCAGUGCCCGGACACAAGUUCUGUUUUCCCUGCUCACGGGAAUUCAUCAAGGCACAGGGCCCUGCUGGGGAGGUGUACUGCCCCAGUGGAGACAAAUGCCCCCUGGUGGGCUCUUCUGUCCCCUGGGCCUUCAUGCAGGGCGAGAUCGCUACUAUCCUUGCUGGAGACAUCAAGGUUAAGAAAGAACGGGACCCCUAGGCCACCACUGCCACCAGUCUACUGCCUCCCACCCCCUUGCUACCCACCGCUGCUGCGGAUAAAUUAUUCCCUCCCCCACCCAGCCCAGUGCUACCCCCACCUGUGUACAUACCCCCUUCCUCAUCCCAGAUGGGUCCCUUGGGGUAGAUGCAUUGAGGGUGGGGGGAGAAAGCUUGUGGCUUCUGUUCGAGGGGGUGUUUGGGGUCCCUUGGCCCCUCCAGUUUCCCUCUCCCCUCCUUGGCUUUGCUGCUGCUUGUAGUUGGGGGAGAGGUGCCCCCCUCCUCCUUGAGAAGGGGUCUCCUGAAAUCUCGCUCUUUAUAAACAAAGCAAAAGCAUUUUAUUGCCCCCCCUCUCCCGCCCCCUUUUCCUCCUUCAAUAAACCGAAAGAUGGGUUUUUUUUUUC